ACCGGCGGGCACCGGCAGCGCCGGGCGGAAGCGGGGCGGAAGCGCCCCGGAAGCGCCCUUCCCGCCCGGAAGCGCCGCCUCAGAGCGCGGGAGGCCCGUGGUGGUGCGGCCCCGCCGAGGGCGGUAGGGCCGGGACCCCGCGGCAUGGAGCCGGGGGCCGAGCACCAGCAGCAGCUCCGCAGCCUGCGGGACUUCCUGCUGGUCUACAACCGGAUGACCGAGCUCUGCUUCCGGCACUGCGUCUGCAACCUCAACUACCGCCUGCUCACCGGGCGCGAGGAGACGUGCCUCGACGCCUGCGCCGGGAAGCUGGUCCGCUCCAACCACCGCCUGAUGAGCGCGUACGUGGCGCUGAUGCCCUCCAUCAUGCAGCGCCGCGUCGCCGACUACGAGACCAGCGUGGCCCAGGGCUCGGCCCAGGAGGGACCGGCGGCACCGGCUGCGCUGCCGGGGGCUGGGGCGCACGGGGCCCCUCUCGACCUGCCGGCGGCUCCCGGCCCCGAUGGACCAUUGCAGGGGGCUCCAGGCGCUGGCACGUCGCACGGCUGAACGGGUCGUCCCGAGCCGUGCCCUCCAGCAGCAGCGGUGGGCUGGGUGGCCGCGGAAGGGAGCCAGGCCCCGCGGCACCAGCGGGAGAAGUAACGUCUUGGGGUUGCAGCACGGUCUGGGCAUCCACACGCUGCCGGUAGCCCUGGUCUGGAGCAGCAGGCCCGCUCUGCACCGAGACCCGGCCUUGCGGGUCUGUGUCUUCUGCUGCAUCAGCAUCAAGGGCCUCCUGGCAGCGGCCCGGUCUGUUGUGUGCCUGGUGGUGCCGGGGCUGGCGGGGCACCAAGAAGGAAAUCGCAGUGCCAGCCCUCCCGGCCAGCGGCUAUCCCACCCAAACUCUGUCCUAACAGCCCCCACGCUGGGCGUUCCUGCUCCAGACUGGGGGCGCUCCUAUUUCUAGGAAACGGUUUCCUAGCGCUAAUAAAACAUCUCUUUGUUAA